AUGUCGGUUCCAGUGAAAGACGAGUUGCAUAUCCGCAGCGUCUCUAGCGACGACGUGCUGCUGGGGCUCGGCCCGAUCACUUUGAGCCCGAAGGAUGACCCAGAGCGGGAGUCUGGGUGGUUCGCCAGCCCCGAGCAUGAUAUGGCGUUGGAGGGGCGCAGCGCCCAUGGGAACACCGCCGACGAGGAGGUGGCUGCAGAGAACGUCAAAGAGGAGAUCGAGGACGCUGAGGCUGCGGAGCAGCCUGCGGUGCCAGCAGCCUCGCAGUGGACCACCACGCUGAUCGACCUGACUUCCGACAUCGGCCCUCGCCUAGUCAGUAGGUCGGCGUCGAAGGCGACGGCCCGUGCCAUCGGCGAUUCGGCCCAACGGGAGGCGUCAGGCAUCGGCGAGGAGAUGGCCGAUGAGGAUGAGGGCGAGUACGCGGCACGGGAGUCCGAUGGCGACGGAGAGAUCCCAUCAACAACUCUGGACCCCGCCAGGUGGCAAGGCCACCCGACGCCUCUGUCAUUGGAUGAGGAGUUCCCCAGGGGCACAGCGUUCCAGCACCUGGCGCGCAUCAGGAAUACCGUCAAUGGUUACGUCGACGGGCUCUGCAGCGUCGACUGGCACAAGGAUUUCAAGGCGGCCACUGUCGGCGCUCUGACCAGGCGGCCCAUGACUCACGAAUCGAAGAUCAUGGGGAAGGCUGUGCUGGAUGUCCAGGUCUGCUUCAAGCAGCUUGAGGAGCGUGCCAAGGGGCUUUUGGCAACCCACAAGUGGUUCCACCAGUGGACCCAAUUCAAGACCGAUGACAAGCUAGUCGAGGCGCUGCCGCAUCUAAUGGUCGAGUUGAAGUACCUCAAGUGCAGGGGCUUGGAGGUCGCGCCGCCUGUGGGGCUCGUGACCCUGAAGGCAAUCUUCUUCAGCGUCUACAUGGAAAGCGGAUCCGUGGCGAAGGCGAUCGGGCACAUCAACCUUGGCUCGCUGAGGAGAGUGCUCGAGAUGUCAGAAGAGUACAUGACGAAGCUCACUGAGGUGCGAAACAGCGCUCCGCAGGCACCUGCAGCAGAAGGGGCCGCGCCAGGCAGGAGGCAUCGGGGCCGGCUGCUGCCCAUCGAUGACGCGGUCGACAUCACUCUUCCCGUCGCCGUGCAGCUGGGCAUCAUGGUCUGGAAAAGCUUAGAGCACUACUGGCAGAGCAUCGGAGCCAAGGGCGAGAUGACGAUGGAUACUCGCAUGCAAGUUGUAGACGAGACCAGCUCUAUCUGGCGUUCAUGGGUGAAUACCUUCGAGACCGAGGAGAAGACGAUGGACACCACUCAGGUCGAGACAGCCCUUUGCAGCGUGAGAGUCGUGUGUCAGUGCUUGCUCCCAGAUGAGAAGGACAAGCCGACGACGGCUGAUGUUCGAGCAGCUCGGAAGUUCAUCAACCAGAACGCUACCUCAACCAAGUCUUCAGAUGAUCAGCGAGCCGUUGUCCAGAGUAUCGCAAAGUCGAUGGUCGGCAUCGCCCCCGCAAUCUUCAUCAUGGAGCAAGCGAGGAGGCAUGCUUCGAAAGGGGUUGAGGACGAUGCUGCAACUGCCAUUUUCGACAAGGCUUGCAAUCGUUUUGAGGAGAGCUUCCAGGAGGCAUACACGGACAUGGAAUUGUUCAUCAACGAGCCUAAGCCAGAGGACGAGUCGGACGUCAUGACCUACGCGAUCUUGGGGAAGAGGCUCAAGCCCAUUAUCGACAUCCAGACGAGCAUCAUCUCCUGUGCAUCGAGGUGGUCACACGCUGCGCUGAAGGAUAAUAUUGAGCCCGUCUGCGCCGCGAUGGGGAACUUCAUGGAGCUGCUGAGCAAUGGUGUAUACGGUCUCGUUUCGGUGUUUCACAAGACCGUGUCUCGCCCUCUGGCUCGGGUCCUGGACGAGAUCGGCGCCACCAAGGCCGGAGAGGGACGCGAUGAAUUCCUGCGCGUGCCCGUCGAAUCGGUUGCAGUCGGAGGCGCAGCAGCAGCGAAACCAGAAACCCAAGGUGCGGUUGUAGAAGUCUCAGAGAGCAUCGUCGAGCAGGGCGGUGCUGGCUUUGCAGCAGUGUCACCAGCGUCGAAAGUCAUCGCUGCGCUGGGGGACUUGCACGCGACCAGGCUCCAAUCGGAGGAGUUCUACAAGGCGCUUCAGACGAUGGUACUCGGAACGACGAAGUGCGCCGAGGCCUUGACCAAGAGGACCAGUGACGUGGAGCUCGCCGAGAAGCUGGGCGAGAUCGGGCGUGCGAAGGUGCUGUUGGCAACGCUCGAGGACAACCGUCAGAACCUCAAAGAUAUGAUGGACUACAUGGGCGCGGUCGUGGAGCUCUUACCCGUGUUUGUUGAUGGGGGGUCCGAUGCGCUAUUCGAUGCAACCACCACCAAUCCAAAGACCAAGGAGCACACGAUCAACCUGUCCCGCCUGCAACACCAGCUAGAGGGCGUCAAUGCGAUUCUGUUCCAUGGCGAAAGCACCGUGCAAGACGCGAACGUCUUUCACUCCAUCAGCGAGGCUUUCAUGAUCUUCAAGGCCAACUUCGGCGACAUUACCUACCAGCAUGCAGCGGCCGUCUGGCUUGCCCCCCGCGUGGUCAAUAUGUUGGCUUUCAGCGACCUCGAGAUCGGUGCGGUCCAGGAUGACGUGUUGGUGUCAACCCUCGAUGCUCAGAUCCUAGGGCGCCCCGUUCGCAAGCCAGGUGCCGACGACCCCUUGCCUUCCGAAGUCGUGGAGGCGCUGCAGACGACGGCCGACUCUGACACAAUGCUCGAAAGCUUCACCCACAACAAGGCGCUGACUGCAUUGAAGGACUUCGCCGAAGCGACGGGCAUGACUGAGAUGCGCACCUGCGGCGCCGCGUUGGCAGAUGGUCGCCAGGGCGAGGACUGGCCAGUGCCAAUGCACAUCGCGACAUAUGUGUUUGACGCCAUGUGCGCUGUGAGGGGCCAGUUCAUGCUGGCCACGGCGCUCCAGCACUACCUCAUCGACCCGACCGCCGAGUGCAAGGAGAUGCUUGAGAAGAGCAUCAGACCCCAUCCGUCUUGCAACAUCCAGGUCAAUGCGCUGGUGCUCAUGUUUUCUCGUGCGAAGGUGAUCGGCGACUUGGUCAACGCCGACGCUGGGAGGUCGCUUGAGAGAGAUGGAUGGAGCUUGCGAAUCCCCUUGCAAUCGUUGGGCCGUUGGGCCCUGCAGAUGGCUUCUUUUGCUGGGAGGUGCCGCGAUGCUGUCAUGGCGCAUCGCAUGACAUACCGGUCCGCCGUGGUCUCCGAGUGCCAGUCGACGAUGCCACAGUGGGAGUCGAUCUUCAAGGACGGAGUGCUCAACAUGAAGAUGGCGAUCGACCUGCUGGACGAGAAGUUGCCUCCCACCGUGGCCAGCUACAACCGCAUAUACCAAGUGUUGGGCAAAGUUUCGGUGAUUUCAAAACGCAUUGAGCUGUCGCCGCCAGUGGACAAGCAUCCAACUACGUCGUCUGGAUGCGUUGUGGCAUCGACGCUCCUGGCGAAGUUCUACCAUGCGACGGUGCUCAUCCAGGGCGUCAACUUGCUGAGGUUCCAGUCACAGGGCCCAAGUGCGUCGACGAAAGCGUCCAGCUUCAUCAAGGAGCAUCAAGAGAAGAAGAAAGUGCAGUUGCCCGACGCCUUUUGGAGCGAGCUGAAAUGCAUCGUGGACGGUUCUGCAAUGGUCUUCAGCGACGGGCACGCCGUGGACGUGCAGCCGGGCGCCGCCGGGCGGGGCGCCGCCCCGGCGGUGCACUUGGAGGGCGGCGGCAUCGGCGCCGGCCCCUGCGCAGACGGCCCGAGCGCAGGGCUGUACCCCAGCGGCCUGCGCUGCGUGCCAGUCGAGGUCACCGAGGCCUCUGGCCCGUGGCUGGUCCGCCGCCGGGAGCUGCGCAGCGACUCGGGCGGUGCCGGGAGCAGGCGCGGCGGGCUGGGCGUCCUGGUCGAGAUCGCGCACGCCACAGGGGCGCCUUUCCAUCUGCGGCAUAGCCCCAUCGACGCCUCGCCCGCGUCGCCCGCGGGCGCUGCGGGAGGCGGCUGCGGCGCUAGCGCUGCGGUGCGGCUGUCCCACGGCGCGCCGCUGCCCCCGUGCGGCGCGGUGCCCGCCGGCCUCUCGGUGAUCGUUGCCACGGCUGGCGGGGGCGGCUUCGGGCCGCCAGCCGGCCGCGACAGGGAGUCCCUGGCGGCCGACGUGCGAGGCGGGCUCGUGUCGGCGGCCGCGGCCCGGCGAGAGUACGGCCUGCAGGAGGCGCUGGUCAACGCGAAGGCGGUGCUGAGCGGGGCGAGCUACGAGUAG